AUGGAAAAAGAUAAAUUCACACAGAUAUUUAACAAUUUUGUAUUAAAUAAAUUAAUAUUCAAACAUGUUAAGAGUAUUCAUGAUGUUAUUGGUGGUGCUGCAUACAGAUGGUCAGAGGUAAUAGAGAAUCCAACAGUAAUGGCUGGUUAUUCCUAUUUAAAUGAACUUAAACUGUAUUAUGCCGAUCAUUCUAUUGGUAGUUAUGAAGUUAGUGCAACACCUACAUUUAGAGCAGCAAUCAAAAGUGGAAACAUCGAGAUGCUCAAAUAUUUGGUGGAUUUGGCCAAACCAUUAUCAGUAACCGGUCAACAUAUUAAUUUCAAUGGAAUCUUAGGUUAUGCAGUGAAAUAUGGGGGUUUUGAAAUGGUCAAAUGCAUAUGUACAGAGUUUGAAAAGAAGAGAUUGGAUUACGAGUCUGCAUUCAUGAAAUCACCACUCUCUGGAGAUAUCGAAUUAGUCGAGUAUAUAAACGAGAAAAUGCUGGUGGCGAAUCGUGAUCAUUUAGAGACAAGAGAAUUCGAUGUAGAUUAUGAUAGAGAGGAAAUAUUCUAUAAUGCCGCAAAGAUAGGUCGAAUCGAUAUCAUUGAAUGGCUGUUGGCGAAUAGAUCAGAAGAUAGGCCUGAAGGAAAUGAAAUGUAUUUUGGUGCAAUUAAAGGUGGACAUCUCCAUGUUGUUCAAUAUCUCCUCGAUAUCGACGAACCAACUACAGAUCCGGAUCAUGGUACAUUGUUUGACCAUUCAAUCUUUUACAAUCAAUUUGAAAUUGCAAAACUAUUACAUCAACAUGAUAUCACAGAAUCGGAAGAGACACCCAUAGAUUAUGCAGCAAAAAAUGGAAAUAUCGAAUUGUUGACAUGGUUGAAUGAAAAUACAACUGUCGAAGCAAGUGAGGAAGCUAUGAACAAUGCAGCACUCAACAACGAUUUAGAAGUUCUCAAAUGGUUACAACAACACCGAACUGAAGGUUGCAGUGAAUCUAUAAUCCAAAGUGUGUCUAGUAAAGGUCAUAUUGAAGCUGUUCAAUGGUUAUAUGAGAAUCAAAGUGGUGUACUUCAAUCCCAACAAUCAAUCGAUGAAGCUAUUACAUAUGGUUAUUUAGAACUCGCCAAAUGGUUGUUUGAAAAACGAAAUCAACAACCAAGUGAAGAUGCAAUAGAUUAUGCUGCAAGCAUUGCAUCAUCGGAUAUGACCAGUUUGGAAAUGAUCAAAUGGUUGCAUGAGAAUCAUCCAAAUGUAGGAUGUACAGAACAAGCUAUGUUAUAUGCAAUCGGUAAUGGUCAUUUCGGAACAAUGAAAUGGUUGCGAGAAAACAGAACUGAGAUUUCAAGUUCGAAAAAGCUUGACUUGAAUGGCUUUGACAUGAACAACUUAGAUAGAGAAGCUAUCGAUUGGUUAUCGGAGAACUUUAUUAUCGAUUGGGAUCUAGUACUUUUUAAUGCAGUGAACAAUGAUAAUUCAGAAAUAGUGGACAUUAUUAUCAAUCAGAAUCUCUCAGCUAUCGCUGUUAUUGACAGCUAUAGUAUCUCAGAGUUAUUCCGCAAAGGUUGUAGAAAGAUGAUUAGAUGGUACCACAACAAUAAUAUUCCAGGCGUAUUCAAUGAAGAAUCAAUGAAGAAUUCGAUUGGCGGAAUGCAGUUUCCACUUGUAAAAUGGCUCUAUGAAAACAGAAGUGACUGUCAAUGUACUUUUAAUAGUUUCAAAUCGGCAGUCGAAUCUGGAGAUAUGGGUAUGAUUGGAUACCUCUUGGAGAAACAUCCAGAGUUUGGCUUUCGAACAACUAUGGAGGAUUAUCUUGAACAAUAUUUUUGUGAUGAUGAUAUUGAAAUGAUUGAGUUCAUUUUGGACAAGAUCGACUUUCAAUUGGUGGAACUAAAGAAAUUUCAAGAGAAGAUAAAUUCCUCAUCAGACUAUUCUGAUAUUUCAAAAGCACUUUUGAAUGAUCAUAUUAAAAAGAAAGUCGCUUAUUAUGGUGAUCGUUGA